UCCACCAACUACAACCGCUGCCCCAUCUACCACAACAGCUGCUCCAACAACCACAACAGUCACUCCAACAACAGCAGCUCCAACAACAACAGCUGUUCCAACCACUACAACAGUAGUUACAAAAACAAUGACAGCUGCUCAAACUAUAACAGCAGCUCCAACCACUACAACAGUCACUCCAACUGCAACAGCAUUUUCAACAACUACAACAGCAUCUCCAACAACAGCUGCUCCAACUACCACAACAGUCACUCCAACUACAACAGCAGCUCCAACAACAACAGCAGCUCCAUCAACUACAACAGCUUCUUCAACAACCACAACAGUCACUCCAACAACAGUAGCUCCAACAACAACAGCUGCUCCAACAAGUACAACCGCUGCCCCGACUACCACAACAGCUGCUCCAAAAACCACAACAGUCACUCCAACUACAACAGCAGCUCCAACAACAACAGCUAUUCCGACAACAACGACAGCCGCUCCAACUACAACAGCAGCUCCAACCACUACAACAGCUGGUCCAUCAACUACAACAGCUUCUUCAACAACCACAACAGUCACUCCAACAACAGUAGCUCCAACAACAACAGCUGGUCCAACAAGUACAACCGCUGCCCCGACUACCACAACAGCUGCUCCAACAACCGCAACAGUCACUCUAACUACAACAGCGGCUCCAACCACUACAACAGUAGUUCCGAAAACAACGACAGCUGCUCCAACUACAACAGCUGCUCCAACAAGUCCAACCGCUGCCCCGACUACCACAACAGCUGCUCCAACAACCACAACAGAACUUCCGACAACAACGACAGCUGCUCAAUCUACAACAGCAGCUCCAACCACUACAACAGGUGCUCCAACAACAACAGCUGGUCAAACAACAACAGCAACUCCGACAACAACAACAGCCGCUCGAACUACAACAGCAGCUCCAACUACAACAGCUGCCCCAACUACUACAACAGCCUCUACAUCAACCACACCAGCCAUUCCAUAAACUACAACAGCCACUCCAACAACUACAUCCACCACCCCAACUACCACAACACCUGCUCCAACAACCACAAAAACAGUCACUCCAAGUGCAACAUCGAUUCUGACAACCACCACAUUGGCUCUGACAACCACCGCAGAGGGUGAUCAACAGCAGUUGCUCCUGUCACCUCCACAG